AACAACUGUCCCACUUAUCAAUACAGAAGGAAGUGUGGGCCGUGGGCUAGUCUUAUAUUCCUUGUCUUUGGAUCAUUUGCCAAACUGAGAGUCCGUGAAGACUUGUUACAGAAAAACCUUGGUGGGUAAUAGCCAUAUAAGGAUACAGCAAUAGCGCCUAAUAAUUCAACUGGGGGCUGGGGUUAGGCAGGGGAAGUUAUAUCAGCCUCAAGCGCAUGCGCACUGUUCCAGCCAAUCAGAGAGGCAUAUGCACCGGAAGGCGGGGCCUAACCAACUAGAGGCUUUUUAUUGUGAGGAAAAGGAGCUUCUGAGGACACUGUAGUGAGGAAGUGUCAGAAGAAGGUGACUGGGAAGUACCGACCGGACCGCUGUGGUAAAGAACCCUGUGGUAAUUGAAGUGAGGCUAGGGUUGAUUCAAGGCCGUGGUAAAGGACCACGGGGUAAUCAAAGCGAGGCUACAGUUGAUUCAAAGCCGUUGAGGGAGGAAAUUAGGGAUUGGGAGGAGGUAAGAACCAGACUCACCUGUGAAGUUCUGGAGUCUCACUUCAACCUGGGACUGAACAAGGCCCCCGAGGGUGGUUGGGAAAGGGAUCUGAGGGCUAAAGGUCCCGGGAGGACUGAGCAGGACAAUGUGGAGGGUGGUAGGUGAAGUGAGUACCUACAGUUCGUAACCCUUUGCCUGUCAUUAGCUUUCAUGGACCGCUGGGUGCUGUGAGGUGUGCCUAGAAUCUAUUUGGUGAAUACAACUCUCAAAAGUGCUGCAUACAGUCAGAAACAGUUCAUUUUCAUACAGUGACAGUGGGUGUUUCUGACCAGAUACUAGCACCAAGUAUCUGGAGUGAGGAGGUGGGACCCUGGCUCAUGUCACCUGAGCAGUGAGGAGCAGACUAAGGUUUGGGGUGGGGUAGGGAAACCCCCCAUUUUACCCUUGGCAUGGGAAAGAUGGGACUGAGGGGCUGGGACUGGACACUUGCAGGUUUGAGGGGUUUGUUUGCUUGUUUUUGUUUUUGUUUUUUUGAUCCCUUCCUGUUCCUCCAGCACAAGUAGAAAGGAACACUCAGGUCCAUCUCCAAGGAAACCUGAUACCUGUUCCUGUGGUUUUCAUUUAACUCUUCCUUGUAUCUUUAAUGUGUCUUUGCACAUACAAUGUUCAGGAUUCCUGUCUGGCACAGGGAGACUACAGUCAUGGCAUCCAAAAUCAAGGGCGGACCUCCCAAGCAACCAAAGGUGACUCCUGAUCUGCCAUCUGACAAUUUACAGCAACUACAUGAAAAUAACCCAGGAACCAAUCUGGCCUUUGAAACUGGUGGGGAAAGCACUUCUUCCCAAGAAACAGGUGGACCAAAGCCAGGGCCUAGUAAGAAAUCUUUUAAUGAAAGGAAGAGAAGGUAUGUGCUGAAUGUAAGUCAUACUGUCCAGAACAUUGAGUGGAAAAUUGACCACUUCCUAAAACUCCAGCAUGAACAAAGGCAGAAACUUUAUCAGGACUAUUCUCAUCAGUUUUUGACUUUGGCUGUGAUGUGGAAUAUAGAUGUAGAGCAAGUCAAGAAGCAUGCCGAAAAACUCUCCAAUAUACUUGAUGAGCAACAAAAGCUUUUUCAACAAUUUCAAGGUAUUCAUAUGCAGAAAAUAGAAGAAUUUAAGGAGUUAUGUGAUCGACACUUAAAGAAUCUACAGGCUAUUAAGAGGUGUCGCCGAAAAGCUAUUGUUGAGGAAGCCAGGAAACAAAUGGGCUGCUUGGAAAGGAAACUUACUGAAGAAACUGUUCAUGUAAAGCAGCAGGAAGAAAGGGAAGGCAAUCAGUCACCACUUCUAUCCUUGUUAUUCUCAUAAUACCUUGAAGAAGGAAGCUCAAGCACCAGAAUAAGUUUCUAUGACAUGAUUAUUUUCUGAAUCCAUGAUGACAUGAAACAAAUUCUAAUGAAUAUGAAUCCUUGUUCACAACUGUGAGGGGACAGAAGAACGUUACUGAGAAUGUUUUGGUUUUUUGAAAUUUAUUGCGCAUGUAGAGUACUUGAUCAUCAGGGAUAUAUCAGGUCUCCUGUACAGUUAAAUCUCAUGUCCUGUGACUUCCUGUAUGUAUACCCUGGGAGUUCUUUACUUGGCAACAUUUGAUUUAAUAAACAUGAAAUCGUUUCAGA